GUCGGGGUGUAUGAAAGAAGUAAGUUGUUACGUUGUUAGAUAGUUUGUCAGUAAUUAUAUGUGUUAAUUAUUAAUAACAUUACUUUGUCAUGUAACAACGUAUUAUCUUUAAUAAACUAAAAUAUAUUUGAUGUUAAUUUUUAAGUCAUUUCCGUGAAACUGGGUAUUAGAUAACAGCGAAGCAAGAGAAUCAUACACAAUGGCUAACAAAUUAAUUCUCUCACGUUUACAACAAAAUGUGCCAUUUAUGUGUAUUCGUGGAAUGGCCAUACAAGGUGAUGUAUUCCCAGACAAAAUUGGUAAUCGAGAAGUAGUAGGUCAUGGAUAUAAUGGAGAAGCUAGCUACUUAGAUCGAGCUGAUUUUCCUAUGCCUGCUAUCCGUUUCAAACCAAAUACUCCAGAUAUCAUGGCAUUGCGAGAAAAAGAAAAGGGAGAUUGGAAAAAGUUAUCAAUAGAAGAGAAAAAGGCAUUAUAUCGUGCUAGUUAUCGCCAAACAUUCAGUGAAUUCCAAGCUCCAACAGGCGACUGGAAAGGAAAUAUAGCAGUGGCAUUAAUGGGAGUAACAUUGAGCCUUUGGUUAUUCUACUUCUUUAAAGCUUUUGUAUACCCACCAAUGCCAGAUUCAUUUAGUGAAGAAAGCAGACUUGCACAACUGGAGCGUAUGCAAAUACUUGAGGUGAAUCCUAUUACUGGAAUUAGUGCUAAAAAAUAAAAUAAUUUAUAUGUAAAAAUAUAGUAUAAAAUACAAUUUGUUGUACAGUAACAGUUAAUAAAAAUGUUCUGUAUACGCUUAGGA